AUGUUUCUUUUUUUACCAUGGGAUUUAGUACUAAAGAUUUUGAAGACGACAACACAUCAUCAAGAAGAAAAAUUAAUAAAAACAACGACUACAUCUACACCAACAACAACAACAUCAAACUUCUAUUCACCUACAAUCAAUACUAUUCAAAUAAAACAAACAACAGAAAAUCUGACUACAUAUAUAAAAACAAUAACAUUUUAUAAUUAUUCAUCUAUGAUAAAUACUACUCCAAAAAACAAUAUUACUAUUCGAAAUAAAAUUUUUAUUUCUUUAUUCAUAUCAUUAAUAUUAAUUUCAUUAUGUAUUGGUAUUAGUUAUUGUGUUAUGAUACAUUUUAAUCAUUAUCUUAAUAUGACAUCGACUAUUAAACGAGAUAUAUUAGUACUUAAUCGAGAAUCAUUUACUAGUUCAGAAAAUUCUAAUUCUGAUACAGAAUUACAUAUAUGCAAAACAAAAAAAAAACAAUAUUUCAUUUAA